GGUUAAUUAGCCAUGGUUCGGUAACAUUCGAUCCAAAAUAUUCACCGGGAAUAGGAUUAUUAACAUUGCAAAAUCCAGAAAGACAUAAUGCACUAAGUGGCAAGAUGAUGGCAGAAUUAUCAGACAUUGUGGAUAAGUUAGAAAACAUUGUUCAGUCUAAUACAAAUACUAAUUUAAAUUAUGAGAAUAAGUCAAAUAAUGAGAGUAUGUUGAAUAAAGAGAAUAAUUUAAUUGGAAUUAUCGUUACUGGAAGUAAAAAUACUUUUUGCUCAGGAUUAGAUUUAAGUGUAGCAAAAGAUCAUAUCCUAACUCCAGAAAACGGGAAAAAAAUGAGUUUAUUAAUGCAAGAUACACUAUUUAGAUUUGGUCAAUUACCCUUAAUUUCAGUAGCGGCAGUUGAAGGGUAUGCAUUAGGUGGUGGAGAAAUCAAUGCAUUAAGAAUAAUGGGAACUAGUGAACCAAUAACUGCAAAGAAUGGGCUGGAAUUAGGAUUUGUCGACGCUAUUGCUCCACAUGGUGAAUGCGUUAAUAAAGCACGCGAAUUUUUAGAUUGCUAUGUUUACUUUUCAGAAAGAAAUGAAGGAAAAGGUGGAAAUAGAAGUGAUAACAUAAAUGAGGAUAGAAUAAAUUCUGUUAAGGCG